UCGAUCCUCUUUCUCCAGGCAUGUCAGACGUGGAAAGUUCUCGAGGAGGCUCCACCCCGCAGCCCCCUGGCCUCUCCCUGCAGGGGGGGUCCUCGCCCACCCCUAAGGCGGCGCCCUCCCACCGGUCCCCCGCCCCUGGACCCGGCUCUCCGACUGGCAAGAGAAAGGUGUCCAUCGCUUCCUCCGUGGCUUCAGGGGCUUCGUUGGCUUCACUGCUCACGAAGCUUCACCAGCCUCCGUCCACGAGCCUCUCACUUGAAGGGAAACUCAAAGUCAGGGCGACGCUAGACUGUGGCAGCGACGUCCUCUCGUGCAAGUUCUCUCCCGACGGAACCACAAUAGGCGUUGCGCUGAGGUCAGGCCAGGUCAGAUUCUUCACCCAGGCAGGAGCUUUGUCCCAUACACUUCAGGUGAGAGCGGGUCAUAGGCCAAAAAAGGAAAUAUAUUUGAUAAGAUAAUAAUCUAAUAAUGGUAUUAGGUAUUCGAUA